AUGUCUAAACUCAAACCAACAAUAUACACAAUACUCACAAUAAUCACACACACAAUACCAUACACGAGAGGAUUCAUAGCUUAUGACUGCUCUGGCACGAAACUCAAUAUUACAUCUUUCAACACACUAAACGUAGAUUACUGCUCACCCCCCCUACCAAACAAAAUAGACAAAAUCCCGAUUAUGAAAUUACUACAAAUCAGAGAAACAGUACAAAUACAAUUUCAAGCAUGCUACAUCGUAGCUGACUAUUUAAUUACGAAAUGCGCCAGUUUCGACGAUGCUCAAGUCGUAAGAAAUGGUUACUUUACAGAACUUAUACAAAUAGGUGCAGCUCAAUGUGCUGAUGCACACGCUAGGCGUGCUUACGAAUUUUACCAAGGCAUAACAGCAAAUAAUAUUAGAAUAAAUCAGACAAUGUAUUUUUCGGACGUUAUUAAAGGCGCAGUCAACCAUAAUGGCGACUGCACUGGAGAAACAUUCAGAACAGACAAAUUCGAAUGGGACAAUGUAUUAGUACAAGCUAAAUACAAAAUAUUGUUAUCAGAAGGGGUAGCAGUAGCCAACAGCAGGGAAGACCUACUUGUACUACCCACAGGCACUCGUUUGAAAUUAUCUGAGUCAUAUGGUAUGGACUCACACAAAGGAGAAAUCAUUUGGAAAUACAACCAACAAACAAACUGUGAUGUCAACGAUUAUGACACCUUAUAUGAAGGCCCAGCCACUCUGAUAACAUCUAAACAAUCCCAAAACUCAUCUAAUGAAAUACAAACUUUCUUAGUCGAAUCCGACAAAAUUGCAUUUGCCCUACAAAAAUUAAAUAUUGAUUAUGCAUGCCAUAUACCAGUGUUUCGAACCGAACAUCCGAGGUUAUUCAUAUUAACAGACCGUACCAACAUACCAUUUUUUCACACUAAACCUAUUUCUACAUACAAUACAGACUUAAUGGCUUACAUAAAUACAAAAUUUGUUUAUAUACAAAACAUUCUACAAGCCACCGUCACAUCCAUGUAUAUCGAUCUGGUGACCAAACAAUGUCACUUAGAAAGAAACAUACUCAUGCAAAAAUUAUCACUAGCUUCAUACAGCUUAUCAGAAUUCGCUUACACAAUGGGAGAAGGACCUGGCUACACUGCAUUGAAAACCGGAGAAAUAGUUUAUCUAAUAAAAUGCAAGCCUGUAGACGUUGAACUUGACAGAAGCCACAAAGUUUGUUUUCAAGAACUACCAGUAGUCUACAAUAAACAAAAAUUAUUCAUGGCGCCUAAAACACACACACUACAAAAAUACGGGACAGAAAUUGACUGUACCAUCAUACUACCAACAGGAUAUCUAAUGGAAGGAGAAUGGAUCAGCAUGUCACCCGAAUACAACGAGCUAGGAUCUGGCAAAAUACCUCAAAUAUUAAAACCACAAACAUCUUGGACUUGGGCAUAUAGAAGCCCAGAACACCUAAUGAACGCAGGACUAUACUCUAGCGACAUGAUCAAUGCCCUACAAAAACAUUUAUUAUUUCCCCAAGAAGUUGACGCAGCUCAAAGUAAUCUAGCCAGACAAACGAUGGGCUACAAUACAAUAGAUCAAGGCCUAAAAAUCAAGCCAUAUAUUGAUGAACAACUCAUAAGCAGAUUAGUUGAAGAUAAACUUAACAAAAUGUGGGGCUGGUUCGUAGGAUUUGGAAACUUUAUAUCUGGACUAUUAGGCGUAUUUGUCGCAUGGAAAAUUCUAAUGAUAUGCCUCAACACAACAAUCAACAUGUCAAUAUUAUACCAAACAUUUGGAUGCAGUUUCAAAGUGCUAGCAGGUGUGUUCGCUAGCAUGACACAUUAUUUUAUGCACAAAUCACACUCACAUGACAAUAAACAAAAACCAAGAAAAUUAACUACAGAAGAAAUCACUCAACAAAACACUUAUUUAUUAAACACAGUUCAGGAACAACCCAUACCAGCACCCCGACAACUUUAUCCACCCCUCAGAGUCGAAAAUUCACACUAUCAAACACCCAGAAGGACUUUAUAA